CUCUUCCUCAUUUUGAUUGAGGACAUGGGUCCAGGGAGGGUCAGUAGCGAUGGCGACACUGGAGCGAUGGGGCAGCCAGACCGAGUACCUCCUCUCGUGUCUCGGCUACGCGGUCGGCUUGGGCAACCUCUGGAGAUUCCCUUACCUGUGCUACAAAAAUGGCGGAGGUGCAUUUCUUAUCCCGUAUUUUCUAACACUCCUCAUAUGCGGCAUUCCGCUGGUGUACCUGGAGACGUUGCUGGGACAGUUCUCCAGUGCAGGAUGUAUUUCAGUCUUCAACAUAAGUCCUUUGCUCAAAGGAGCGGGGUAUGCUGCGGUGGUUUUGAACGUUAUAGCGAUAGUAUACUUUUCGACGAUAAUGUCAUACCCCAUACUCUACAUAUACCACUCCUUCCAAUCACCACUACCCUGGCAGAGCUGUGACAACGAGUGGAACACAGAGAAAUGUUCGCUGAUAUCAAGCAACAGUAGCUCAGUAAUGAACGGAUCCAUUACAACCCCAGAGGACGAGUUUUUCCACAUACGAUUACUGCGUCUCUCGCCUGUCAUCUACCACCUGGGCGGCAUCGUAUGGCCGCUGUUCUGGUCUAACGUGAUCUGCUGGGUCAUCGUCUACCUCUGCGUCUGUAAUGGAGUCAAAAGUGUCGGCAAGAUCGUUUAUUUUACAGUUCUGUUUCCUUAUGUGGUGCUCUGUGCCUUAUUAGUCCGAGGUACGACUUUACCUGGUUCCUGGCAAGGUAUACUUUAUUUCGUGCUACCUGACUGGAAUCAGUUGCAGAAUCCAAAGGUAUGGGCGGACGCGGCAACACAAAUAUUCUACUCUCUGGGUCCCGGCUGGGGGGGGUUGGUCAGCAUGGCGAGCUUUAAUCAAUUUCACUACAACAAUCUACGGCCAUCAAUAAUAAUUCCCUUAGUGAACAGUGGGACGAGCAUCUGGGCGGGCUUCGUGGUGUUCUCGGUCCUGGGUUUCGCGGCCGAGCGGUCCGGGGUGCCUGUGGGGAGGGUGGCCCGCGCCGGCCCAGGGUUGGCCUUCGUCACCUACCCCGCCGCUGUCUCCAUGAUGCCCGCACCCAACUUCUGGGCCGUCACUUUCUUUGUGAUGCUCUUCUUUCUGGGAAUCGAUAGUAUGUUCGUCACAAUAGAAGCAGUGAUAACAGGAGUUUUGGACGAAUUUCCGAAAUACAGACGACGAAAAAAGUUAUUCACGUUUAUCGUGUGUUUCAUUUUGUUUUGUCUCUCCAACAUUUGCAAUACCGAAGGUGGUCUUCACAUCAUAGGUCUUUUGGACUCGCACGUGGCCAUCGCCUGCGUGCCCAUUGUGUGUGCGCUAGAAAUAUUGGCGUCGGUGUACAUCUACGGAACCACCAAUUUGAGCAGGGACAUUUACUUCAUGGCCGGGAACCGUUUGACGCAGUUUUGGCUCAUUUUAUGGAAAUAUGUCAUACCCAUGCUUUUAUCGGUGAUAACGGUGUACUCGUUACGUGAGGUGUCGAGUGCAGGCGGGUGGUGCGUCGCGCUGGCGUCCGUCAUCUGCAUCCCCGUAUACGCUGCCGAUAUGAUUUAUAGAUCGGAAGGAACGAUUAAACAGCGCAUCAUUAAAUGCAGUCAACCGAGCAAGGACUGGUGCCCCAAGGACGAGGAGAUCAAGGUCCGGUGGAAGGUGUUCCAGACUAAACAGGACUUACAGGACCCCACCCUCACCACUCUACCUCUCAAUAAUCUUAAUUAA